GGAAGCGAUUCAAUGUUUUGGUUCCGGGUCCGUCGGUGAUGAAAUAACUAAUGACAACUUGGAUUUGCAAAGAUUUGCUUCUUAUUUGUGCAAACAUAGCAACUAAAGUUGAUCAUAUGAGCGUCGCCAUGGUGUCAAAGUAAGCUGGAGAGGCUUGCUUGCUAGCUAACUAGUCUCGACAAGUUUGAUACGGAUCAAGUCUUUGUUGGUUUUUACGAAAUGUGUUUGCUGCUCGGUGCAACCGGUGUUGGAAAAACUCUUCUCUUGAAACGUUUACAGAAGCUCAGUGUGAGAGAUGGCACAACUGAUUUAGGGGAACCCCCUGUUACUCUACCUACGGUGGGCACCAACCUGACAGACCUGACUCUGAAGAGAACGAGGGUGACUGUGAGAGAGCUGGGAGGCUGUAUGGGUCCUAUCUGGCCCAGUUACUAUACGGACUGCUCCUCUGUCAUCUUCAUGGUGGACUCUGCUAACACCACCCAGAUGUCGUCGUCCUGUAUCCAGCUCCUGUCUGUCCUCUCUGCUGAACCUCUCCACACAGCCUCUGUCCUGGUUAUCUUCAACAAGAGGGACCUCCCUUGUACCAUGAGUCUCGUAGAGAUGAUGUCACUGUUCAGGAUGGAUGACAUCAUCGCCUCUGCCACCCAGCCAAUCACGACCCUGGAACUGAGCGCUCGUUCCGGCCAGGGACUCCAGGAGGUGUUGGGCUGGCUGGACUCCACCCUAACUGACUGACAGAGUGAUGUCAUAGAAGCAUCUUCCUUCCAGGAAGCAGUUCCUCAUUGCUGGUGCUUUCAAGACAACUGGGAACUCUGGAAAGGUCAGAAAGUCAGUGCUGUAGGAGGCCCGAGGUGGAAUUUCAAGUUGGAUGACCGUUAAAAAAAAAAAUCCCAGUUGUCUUGAACGCACUGAAGUCAGAGAUUUCUGAGUUCCCAGUUGCUUUGAACGCAGCAUAAGUGACGUCAUUGUCACUGAACUUGGAAUGAUGUCACCACCAACUGUAAAGUGAGGGUACUGUAUCUCACGCUGUUACACAUGAAUCCUGUUGGCAAGAAGAUGUCCUCAUGAUCUCAGCACACCAAGAAUGAUGCGGUCAUUCACAUGGCAUCACGUCUUAUUGAGGAGGCCUGAUAUUAAUGCUUUUAUGGCUGGAAUAUCAUGCCUGUAUUUAUUGUCAGCACUCUGUAUAGAUACUGUAUCUACCAGCAGUUGUUUUUUAAAGGCUGAGGGAGAACACUGUUAUAUCAUUUGGUUAAAGUAUUUCCAAACAGGGAAAUGCAUAAUCAUGUGUGGAGUUGUGUCCUCGAUGUAGCCUAACUAUACUGGAGUAGUGUCCUCGAUGUAGCCUAACUAUGCUGGAGUAGUGUCAUCGAUGUAGCCUAACUAUACUGGAGUAGUGUCCUCGAUGUAGCCUAACUACUGGAGUAGUGUCCUCGAUGUAGCCUAACUAUACUGGAGUAGUGUCCUCGAUGUAGCCUAACUAUACUGGAGUAGUGUCCUCGAUGUAGCCUAACUACUGGAGUAGUGUGCUCGAUGUAGCCUAACUAUGCUGGAUUCAUUGAUAUGGGGAAAUUAUGGAUGACAGUGGAAAUACAGUAACUGUCAUACAGGUGUGUGGAAAUACAGUAUCUGUUAUACAGGUGUGUGGAAAUACAGUAACUGUCAUACAAGUGUUUGGCCUCCGGGGGGGCAGACAGACAUUGUGUAGAAAAGUCAACCCUUCGAAGAGUGUGCUUCUUUAAGCAUUCAAUAUGUAGAAACAUUCCAUUAUAAAUUGAUCAACAUGAUCAUGAAAUAAAAGCUGUAAAAUAUGAA